CUGACUUUUAGUGUGAUUUAGACCCGCCAGUUAGUCCCACGAAGAAGAAGAGGAGUUGUGUGUGUGUUUUCUGCAGAAGUCCAGCAUUAAUAAGGUGCCAGUGUUAAUCUCCAGCAUGGGUUUAGUAGCCUGGUUCAUGGACAGCUCUGAGGAGGACCAGAGGAAGCCUCAUAAACUGACCCCGGACCAGCCCGUCUCUCUGGAAGAACUACGGCAGCUCGGGGUGUUUCACUGGAAGCUGAAUGCUGAUAUCUACGAAACAGACCCAGAGCUGGAGAAGAUCCGUAAAGACCAGGGCUAUUCCUAUAUGGACAUAAUCUCCAUUCACAAGGACAUACUUCCUAACUAUGAGGAAAAGCUGAAGAGGUUCUUCGAGGAGCACCUGCACCUGGAUGAUGAGAUCCGCUACAUCCUGGACGGCCAGGCCUACUUCGACGUCAGGGACCAGGAGGAGCGGUGGAUCCGGAUCGCCAUGAGAAAAGGAGACCUGAUCACCCUGCCGGCCGGCAUCUACCACCGCUUCACCUUGGAUGAGACUAACUACACCAAAGCCAUGAGGCUGUUUGUGGGGGAGCCGGUGUGGAAAGCGUAUAACCGGCCCGCUGAUGACUCUGACAUCCGCAAGAAGUAUGUGACAUCUCUGCAGGGAUGCUGAGAGGGGACUGUGCCAUUCAUCGAAACGUGGAUCAAAUAUGAACACUGCUGCCACCAGAAUCAGGGCCUUUAUUGUGAUUCUGUAGAGUUUACAGUUAGAAUGUUAAAUGGACUGUAUUUAUAUAGCGCUUUAUCCAGUCUUUAAGACCUCAAAGCGCUUUACAUACAUGUCUUUCACCCAUUCACACAGAGCAGUGUAUGUUACUCUAGGACCUAACAUGCAUACACAUUCACACACCGUUGGCCAUGCCAUCGGGAGCAACUCAGGGUUAAGUAUCUUGCCCAAGGAUACAUCGACAUGUUGACUGCAUGGGCUGGGAUCGAACCCACAACCUUCUGGUUGAAAGACGACCGCACUCCCUCGCAGCCACAGUCGCCCUAUUAAGAAUCAUACUGUGGAUGAUUUAAGAUCUCCUCUAGCCAAAAUCAUGCACCAAGAUGCUUCCUAGAUUUAGAAAAUCGUGGAUGUGGGUUUUCUCUUUCCAGUGAAUCCUUCUACUUUUUGUUAGUAGUUAUGAUUCUGCAGAUGAAACGCAUGAUUAGAUCGUAAUGUGUUUUAUAUUCUGUGUACUGACAUACACUACCCAACCACAAAGAAUGCACCCACAGGUUCCUCCAUCUUACUCUAUUUACAUUUUGGUUUACAUGACUACAUCUAGAUUUACAUCUAGCUAAAAAGCUAUAGCUUUGCUAAACUGUGAAAUGUUAUCCUAGCUUAAAUUGAUUAUUGUCAAAGCAACCACAAAAGUUGGAUUAGCAUCAUAGUAAGCAGCUACAUUAAAAUGGAAUGACUGACAAUAACUUAUGUAACAUAAAUCAACAUACUUUAUGUAACAUUUCAAAGGGGUCAUUCGUCACUUAUUUAGGGUGAAAUACUUGUUUUAGCACAGGACAAUCUCGAGUGCCUUGUAAUCUCAGAGAAGCAUGUUGAAAUAUUCCACUAAUCUGCAUUAUUUACUGAUUUUAUAUUCAAACCUUUAAAUAAGAAUUUAGAUGUCACUUGAGGUUCUUCUCCGCACCAAUGGAGUGGUUUCUGACAGAUUUAUAUACAUUUUUGUUGUAUGGAUAAUAAAGCUGCUGCUAUUUUCAA